AUGACGCCGACGACUCCGGCGCUCACCAGCCAUCCCCUUUCGGAGUCGCCCGCCACCGCCAUUGCCCUCAUCCCCAGGUGCAGGACUACCCGGGACGCCGACCAGGUCCACGCCCGCCUCGUCACUACCGGAGUCCUCCGAGAACCAUUCACCGCCGCCCAUGUCGUCCUCUCUCUCUGCUCCUCCCCACAGGCUCCGCUUCGCCACCUGGCCCGCCGUAUCUUCUUCGGGCCGUCGCAGCCACCGGCGACGUCAAGCUCUGGCGACCCUUUCCUGUGGAACGCCUUCAUCAAGACGUCUUCCCACGGUCCCGACCCCGGCGGGGCCGUUCUCACUUUCUCGCGAAUGGUGGCCCAUGGGAUCCUCCCCGACAGGUUCUCAUUCUCGCUUGUGCUCAAGGCGUGCUCCCGUGCGGCCUUUCUGGGCGAGGGCCUGCAGAUUCAUGGCCUGUUGAUGAAAUCCGGCCUCUAUUCGGAUCUCUUCUUGCAGAAUUCCCUCAUCAGUUUCUACUGCCGGUGCGGUUCUGUCAUGACCGCUCGCCAGAUGUUCGAUAGAAUGCGCAAAAGAGAUUCCAUCUCCUCCAACCUGAUCAUCAACGGGUACUCCAUGAUGGGCAUGAUGCCUUCUGCUCAGGAGAUCUUUGAUCAGAUGGCUAAAGAUGAACGCAGCUCAGUUUCCUGGAACUCUAUGAUCUGCGGGUACGCGCGGAUGGGCCGCGAGGGCAUCGACGCUGCGAGACACCUGUUCGCUCAAAUGCCCGCUCGAGAUUCCUUCUCUUGGAACUCCAUGAUCGACGGCCUCGUGAAGUGCGGGAGGCUGGCCGACGCAGCGGCUCUGUUUGAGCAGAUGCCGGAGAAGAAUGUGCUCGCCUGGGCCAGCAUGAUCUACGGUCACAUGGAAGCUGGGAACGUCGAACUUGCCCGAGCCUUGUUCAACGAAAUGCCUGAUACGGAUCUAAUCACAUGGAACAUCAUGAUCUCCGGGUACGCCAAGAAUGGCUGUUUCAUUGAAGCCCUCUCCCUCUUCCAGGAGAUGCCCUCGAGGGGCAAACUCCUCCCCGACAGCACAACUCUGGCAACCGCCCUCUCUGCGAUCGCCGAAUUAGGUCAGAUCAACGACGGGCUGUCUAUUCACGAGUAUAUUCAGAGAAACCAGCUGCCUCUGGGCGGCAAACUCGGGGUGGCCCUCAUAGACAUGUACUCCAAGUGCGGCCGGCUGGAGAAGGCUCUGAAGAUAUUCGAGAUUUCAGGGCGGAGGAGUGUCGACCACUGGAACGCCAUGAUCGGGGGCCUGGCAGUCCAUGGCUAUGGGCGGCUAGCUCUCCAUCUGUUUCAGGAGAUGGGGAGGCACUCGCUGCGGCCGGACGACAUCACCUUCAUCGAGAUCCUAAACGCCUGCAGCCAUUCGGGCCUGGUGGAGGAGGGCCUGGCUUUCUUCUCGGCCAUGGAGGCCGAGUACAAUAUGACCCCCAAGGUCCAGCACUACGGCUGCGUGGUGGACAUCCUCGGCAGGGCCGGCCGGCUCGAGGAGGCCAGAAGGCUAAUCGAGGGCAUGCCCAUGGGGCCCAACGAGGUGGUCUGGAGAUCCCUGCUCAGCGCCUGCAAGAACCACGGCAGCGUUGGAAUCGGGCAGAGCGCGGCCAAGAAUCUUCUUCAGAUCAGUUCCUGCGAUUCCAGCUCAUACAUUCUGCUAUGCAACAUGUACGCGGGGGUCAGGAUGUGGGCCGACGCUUGCAGGAUCAGAGCGGCGAUGAAGGAGAGGGAGAUCCGGAAGGUCCCCGGCUGCAGCUGGAUCGAGCUCGAAGACUCCGUUCAUGAGUUUCUCGUGGGUGGAUGA